AUGAGCGGCUGGAUGGUGUCGACCGUGCGCCUGGCGGUGUUGGCGCUGGCGUGCGCCCUGGCCUGCGUCGCGGGCAGGGAGGUUGGCCACGGCGGUGGAUGGACAAAAUCUCAGGCUACUGGAGGGAUGAGGGGUCUGCAGAGUGCUGUCGGGGAGCAGACGGUGGACGAAGGGGAUGCACCAUGUGGUCGUUUUCCCUACAUGGCUUCUUUGCAGAACGUUUCAGGCUUCCACAUUUGUGGGGGUGUGCUGAUUCGCAAGCAGUGGGUGCUGACUGCAGCCCACUGUGUGACCAAAACCUCGCCGCUUUACCCCACACAUAUGAUUGUCCUUGGCCUGUGCGACAUCGCAGACAAGAACGGCACAGAAGACUCGGGGCGCAUUGUUGAGGCAGGUCCAAUGUGUCACUUUCUAGGACUGGGAUAG